AUGGUCUUUUGGAGCAUUCUGGAGCAUAUGGGACAUGAGGAGCAUGGAGGGACUUGGCACAUGGAAGCAGCUCAACUGGAUACGCAAAGGAAGAAGGGAGAAGCCAUCUUGAAGACCAGCUCGACCGUCUACUCGACCAACCGGUCGAGUUCCUCAACUCGACCGGCCAAGCUUCAACUCGAUCGAGCUGAGAAGUCAAAGUCAAACCCGAAAAAUGUUGCUUCCCCCUUGACUUUCCUUUGA